AUGUUACACCCAGACCCUCAGCUGAGCGCCCAGGAUGCCUGGGGGCAGGGAGGGGAGAGAGAGCGCAAAAAGAAGGCGGAAGAAGAAGUUAAACCUCCCCGAGAGGAACUCCAACCGGAAGGGGAAGAAGGAAAAGAAGCAGAAGAAGCAAGAAAAGCAGAAGAAGCACGAGAAGGAGGAAAGCCUGUGCAGGAAGAAGAACCUUCACCGGAGCAGGUAUUUUUGCAGCCAGAGGAACCUGCGAAAGAAAUACCCCUGCCCCAAAUGCCUAUGGCACAAAUUCCCGUGCCGCUACCGCGGCGUAAACCAAAAGCGGAAGUUCCACCGGAGAAACAACCGGAGGAGCCUGGUGGCGAUGGAAUACCAGAUGAAGGAUUCAUGCAAAGGCCGAUAACUCGUGCUAGGAGGACCGGAAAGGAGUUUGUCCGGAAGGCGGGGCCUCCUCCCGCGGCCCUUCCCCAGGCGCAACCAGGUAUUGAAGAGGAAGAGGAAGCGGCAGCAGAAGAACACGCCCAACAAGUGACUCAGCCACUACCUGUAGAGCCUACUCCACCACAGCCUACCUUGCCACAGCUUCCGGAACAACCAGCGCCAGGUCCAGCGCCAGGUGUGCCCGAAGCUGAGUACAUGGAGCCUUCUGUCCCUCCAGCCGUUGUCACUUUGCCGCCCCACGAAUACCACGGACCCAUACCAGUCGCGUACAUCCACGAAGAUAAUGAUCUGCAAGAAUUAAGGGCUCGGCAAAACGUCAUCACCAAUCUGGUUAAUGUUGCGGCCAUGCUGGUAGAUGAAUUGCCAGGAAAUGAGGCACGAUCAAUUCUCGAUGUAUUAAAGGAAAAAGUGGACACAGCUGAAAAGGCGGAAAGGGAGUACAAUGUUGCAAAGGGCUGCAUGGAUCCAAACCUUCCACUCAUUCGGAGUGAGACCGUCAGCAAAAUGGAAGCAUCCAUUGGAGGAGCCCGCGAUGCUCUAGUGGAGUUGGUAGGUCUUGCAAAAUUCCACGGUGAGCAGGUGCAUGCGUACUGUUCUGAGAAUAUUUUUUUUUCGGACGCCGAGGGUUUGCAGACAGCUCUGGCGGAUAUGAUGGCUUCGACAGCGUUCAAAAUAUCUCUCUCGACGCUGUCUCGGGUGGGAAAUGAUUCAAUAACUCUGAAACAUGAGAUUGAGGACCAGCUUAGAAUCCUGCAGUCAUUAGAGUUCGUAGACGAGUGCGGAGCAGAUGAUUUUGUCAAAGCUUACGCAGCCGUUGCUGCCAUGAACUUCAGGAUGAAAGCCUUGCAACGUUUGUCUGCUCUGGACAGUGCACUGAAGAAAUAUAUACUACAAGCUCACAAGGUUUGGAUGAUGGGAAAGCUGCAGUUGGUUCGCAUACCGCUCGAGAUGGAUACAAAUUUGAUACAGGAACUUCAUGUGUUAUUGUCAAAAAAUCGCCCAGCAUCUGCGGGGCAAACCGCUUCUGGAAUAACAAAUGAAGACAUGCAAGCCGUAAAAGAUUUGUUUCAGCGGCAAUAUAAGGAUGUUCAAGGUAUGGAUGGUGCGAAGGAAGUCGAGGCUGUUAAAGCUGCGUACGAACGCGCGAAACUAGUUAACGAAAGGCUCAAAUCCAUACUGGGAGUGCAAAAGGAUAAGCUGAAUUUAGCUCUGAAGCGCCAGCCGCUCAGCAAGGAAGAGGCCAACGCUGCGGCUGAGGCCAUUGCGAAAAUUGCUGAGACUGCCAUCGGCGACAGCGAAGAAUUCUGGCGCUCUGCGCAUGAGGCUUAUGCACAGAUUGGCGGCAAACCUGAAGAUAUUGUUGUGGCUAGCGGCAAAGCGCUACUGCAAAAACUGUCAACUAAGAUAAAGACCAGUACUGGUGAGCAGGUAGAGGGUGCUGUGACCGCUGAGAAUGUUGCCGCAGAUGCUGUGAAGAAAUUGUUUCUCGAACAAUGGCGCGGAAUUGAAGCUUUGGCGAGGGAUUAUUGGUUGAGAGCGCAGGAGACGGUAGAGGCGGCGAGGAAGGUGAAAAAGUACAAACUAGAUAACGAAACAUUUGGAUCAUCUGGACUGGAUAAGAGAACGAAACUUAGGACUACGGCGGUUGAGAGGAAAGCAAAGACAGGACUUCUGUUGCUAAGAUUUCAAUGUUUGCAUGAAUUAUCAAAGGAAAUUGAGACGUAUGAAAGAACACUUAGCGAUGCACUCAUGUAUCCAUUCGACCCUUCAUCAGGGGCAUGGAAUGAAAUACGAGAGCUGAAAAACCGAUUCGACUCUGACAAGGCAAUGCUGAAAGACGCUAAAAAUGUUGAAGAUAUACCUGAAAUCAUAGAAAGGAUGCUGCAGUUAUCCUUGAGAGCGUUGACUCUGAUUGAGAACGAGCGCUUCGCUCAGAUUAUACGGGGAAUCGAAAAGGCACGCACUGAUAUUCAUAACUCAGCGCGGUAUUAA